GCUGGAGGAGCAGGACUGAAAUCCAUUCGGUCAGUGCUGAAGAGAUCAGGAAACUGGCCCGUUCGCCGCAGCAAACCGGCGCAUUAAAUUAAAAAAAAGGCAUUAUUUCUUGUCAGGGGGGAAAAGACAAUGUCUGGUGAAAUGGAAUUGACCUUGUGCCGGUGUCUGGCGUUGCUUCUGGUCCUCUCUCGGUACUGGGCCGGAGUGGGGGCUGAGGACUGCGUGUACCCUUGCCGUUGUCCCCCGGGACCUCCGAGCUGCCCUGCCGGGGUGAGUCUGCUGACUGACGGCUGUGGCUGCUGUAAGGUCUGCGCCAGGCAACUGGGUGAUGUGUGUGACUCCACGCAGCCCUGCGACCAACACAAGGGGCUGUACUGCAGCGGGCCCACUCUCUCCAGCGAACAAACUGGCAUCUGCGUGGCAAGGGAGGGAGCGACCUGUGAUCUGGGAGGAGUGAUCUACAGGAAUGGAGAGACAUUUCAGCCCAGUUGUAAGUAUCAAUGCACUUGCAUGGAUGGAGCAAUCGGCUGUGUCCCUUUCUGUAUGGAUGACAUGCGUCUGCCAAGCCCAGAUUGUCCAGUACCCAGACGAGUGAAGAUCCCUGGAAAAUGCUGUGAAGAGUGGGUUUGCGACAAACCUCGGGAUCACUCAGUCUUCAAUGCUGCCAUGGCAGUUUAUAGGCAAGAAGCUAUUUUUGGCCCCGAUUCAAGUCAGGUCCGUGACAAUUGUAUUGUCCAAACCACGGACUGGAGUGCGUGCUCAAGGUCAUGUGGAAUGGGGCUUUCCACCAGAGUAACUAAUGACAAUAGGAAAUGCCGCUUGGAGAAGCAGAGCAGGCUGUGUAUGGUCCGGCCCUGUGGUGCCAAUCUCGAGAAAAGUAUCAAGCGAGGUAAAAAGUGUGUCCGCACUCCAAGGCCAAUCAAGUCAAUGAAAUUUGAGUUUUCUGGUUGUACCAGCACAAAAUCUUAUCGACCCAAGUUCUGUGGAGUCUGCACUGAUGGGAGAUGCUGCACCCCUCACUCCACUAGCACCCUACAUGUGGAAUUCAAAUGUCCAGAGGGAGAUCUUAUCAAGAAGAAGAUGAUGUUUAUCAAGACCUGUUCCUGUCACUAUGAUUGUCCCUCUGACAAUGACAUUUUUAUGGCAACAUAUUACAGGAGAAUGAUUGGUGACUAUGCUGCAUAAAAGCAGAAGCUUCUAACUGUUGACUAGCUGUAACGGCACAGUAUAACUGUCUUUAGAUUCAUUUGAUAUCUGCAGUGAUUUAGAAUAUUUGUUUCCAAGGAAAGGUGGAUUAUAAACGAGCAUAUAUCCAUAAAUACUUUGUUCUGAAUAUUAUCCCUUUCUGACAAUCAAAUGUUUGAAAAUGCAGUCUUGCUGAAAGCAAAUUUUGUUUUGAAGAUUCGCCCGAUAACAUUGGUCCAAAUUGUUUUUGAAUUGCUCCCUUCCACAGCCGUGAAUUUGCAGUGAAACUGAGGGAUUAGUUCUACAAAGCUAUGGAUGAGUUGUUGCAUUAGGCAAUGGAAAAUCAGAGGUGUUUCCUAUGAUUGUCCAUUAUAUGCAGCUCACAAAUGAGGCUCAUCUCCCUGCUGAUGGUACACAUUCAUAAAAUCAAAGAGUGCUGACUUCAGUGCCAAUCACCUCACAAUUUAAUGCGUUUUAUUAUGUGCAGUAAUGCAUUAGUGUUCCAGAUGGAGCUGUGGCUAAGAACUUCUCUUUGAAUCUGUUUCCACUCUAAACCUUUUGAAUUGUGACCCAGCCCAGAUACUAUCUGAUCGAUACUGUCUCACAUGAAUUCCAAAAUAUUAAUGCAAGAAAGCAUUAUUUUAACAUUGCCAUGUCAUCAUCAUGUGACUGGUGUAAAUAUUGUAAAUGCCAAGUGUACAGUUUUAUAUUAUAAUAUAUUAUCACUUACUUUUUUUUAUUGUAGCUGUAUUUUUAGAGAAGAUGCUUCUGUGAGGUUGGCAAGGAAGUAAAUAUUUGUACUUUUAGAAUUAAAAAAGUCUAUUUUUUAUAUAAA